UUUUCUUUGAAUCCUACGAUGGUCAGAUGUUCUGUCGACAUGAGAAAAGAUUUGUAUUUUUAUUGCUCCAUUAUCAAUUUUCUUCUGCAAAGCAUGUCAUCAGGUCAAGUCUUUAACUGCCACGGAAAUUACCAUUAAAUUGAGUUUCAUUCAGCGUACUUUCCAACGGUCAUAUGUGAGCCAGGUCAAAUUCUACACUCGCUUUUCUACAGUACCUACCUACAAGAUGUGCGGCGACCUUCACCCAAUGCAUUCUGGCCUGGCCUAUGUAUCUCACCAACUCCGCCUUCAGCGUUGAAUGCACCCAUUCAACACUUACAAACUGGUCACAGUCAAUCGUACCUAGAUGCUGCCAGUUGUUUACCAACAUUCAGACUUUAAAAAUAAACUCAUGUUUUCUGCCGCCCCAUUUCACUCGCCCACCAAACAACUCAUCAGCUGUGAAAAUAUAUGUAAACCUACUAGCGUCCAAUCCCUUCUCGCCGCGCCCCCACAUGCGGAAAACUCAGUCACUCGGUCACAAUUUUCCCGCAUCUUCUUCACACAUCACAUGCAUCAAAGUAGCCGCCGGUUGCUGGCGGCACACGCCAAAACAUAGGACACCAUGCCGUCGUCAUCGUCGUCGUCGUCGUCGUGACAACACAAAUCAUCUUCACAGCCACCUUUUCCUCGGCGUUCUCGAUCGCAUCGCAGUCGGUUCGUGAUCGUCACACGGGACACAGACAGUACUCGCUAAUCUAAGAACGCACUAGCUCAAGUACUAUAGUACCCAGUUACAAUUGGUCGGUCGGUGCAAGAAUAGUGCAACGCACUACUUUAAUUGGCGGACGACGCCAUAUUGGAAAAUAGUCCGAAAUGAUUCGAUUUCGGUUGAUUUUGAUUGGUUUGUUGAUUUGUUUGGCGGAUGGAAAGCGGGAAAUACCCGUUGGGGCGAUUUUCCACGAGGACAACUAUGAGGCAGAGAUCGCUUUCAAAUAUGCAAUCGAACGAGUUAACAUGCAUGAGAAACACUUCGAAUUGUUACCGAUGAUAAGAUACGUUUCUCCGGAGGAUAGCUACAAAACGGAGAAGAAGGUCUGUGAGCUGGCAGCGGAAGGUGUCACGGCCGUCUUCGGUCCAAGCUCGAUGUUGACUUCGGGUAUUGUGAGUUCGAUCUGUAAGACUAUCGAGAUUCCGCAUAUUAUCACCCACUGGGAUCCGGAACCUAUCGGAGGUUGGGAUCCGGAGAUGCAGGCUAUGACCAUCAAUCUCUAUCCGGAAGCGGAUGUCAUGUCUCGAGCUUUGCGAGAUCUGAUAGUAGACUACAGUUGGAAGAGCUUCACGAUCAUAUACGACAGUGACGAUGGUCUGAUGCGUCUGAAAGAUAUUCUACAGAUACAUGGUCCUGCUGACAAUCCCAUUACGGUGCGGCAAAUCGACGAUGAUCCGGACUACAGACCUCUUCUGAAAGAUAUUCAAGCCUCUGGAGAAAGUCACAUCAUUCUGGAAGUACACCCCAAUAAAAUCUUGGAGAUGCUUCGGCAAGCGAAGGAGGUCAAGAUGCUUGAGGAGUAUCAGAGCUAUAUCAUCACUUCAUUAGAUGCUCAUACCUUGGACUUUGAAGAGCUGAAGUACUCCAGAUCGAACAUAACCACAUUGCGGCUGAUGGACACGAAGAGUUUCGAGAUCAAGAACGCGGUCCAUGAUUGGGAACAGGGUGAAGCCAGAAUGAAGAAGGUUUUCCGAGUUUCUCCGGAGCACGUCCGGACGGAGUCGGCGUUGUACCACGAUGCUGUAAAGCUCUACGCUACCGCCAUCAGGGAGCUGGACGCUACGGAGGAGAUUACACCGUCAAGGUUGUCGUGCGGAAGCAAGAACCUUCGGCAGUGGCCGUUCGGACUGAGGAUCGUUAACUACAUGAAAGUUAAAACUGAGCACGGCAUCACAGGACCGAUCAUCUUCGAUGACAACGGUCGACGUACGCACUUCCAGCUGGAUAUUAUCGAACUGAGUCAGCAGGACGGAUUCAAGAAGAUUGCCGUUUGGGAUCCGACCAAUGGGAAAAUCAACUACACUCGUAGCCAAGAGGAUGUUCACCUGCAGAUCGUUGAAUCGCUCCAGAAUAAGACGUUCGUCGUUGCGUCCCGACUAGGAGCCCCGUUCCUGAUGUUGAAGGAAAAGAAGGAAGGCGAAUUCUUGGAAGGUAACAAUCGUUUCGAAGGCUACUCUCUGGAGCUAAUUGACGGCAUAUCCAAGAUCCUCGGUUUCCAGUACCGCAUGGAACUCGUUCCGGAUGGGAAAUACGGAUCGUACAACAAGCAGACGAAGAAAUGGGACGGAUUGGUGAAAUAUCUACUGGACCGGAAAGCCGAUCUUGCCAUCUGCGAUCUCACCAUCACCUACGAACGCCGCACUGCCGUAGACUUCACGAUGCCUUUCAUGACCCUCGGUAUUAGUAUCCUAUACGCCAAGCCCGUCCCGCAACCCAAAGAUCUCUUCUCUUUCCUGUCUCCCCUUUCCCUGGAUGUGUGGAUCUACAUGGCCACUGCCUAUCUGGGCGUAUCCGUAUUGCUCUUCGUCCUGUCCCGAAUGGCUCCUGCCGAUUGGGAGAACCCUCACCCCUGUAAGCAGGAGGAAGUCGAAGAGGUCGAGAACAUCUGGAACAUGCUGAACGCCCUGUGGCUUACGAUGGGAUCCAUCAUGGGUCAAGGUUGCGAUAUCCUGCCGAAAGCUGUUUCUACCCGAGUCGUUGCCGGAAUGUGGUGGUUCUUCGCGCUGAUCAUGCUCUCGUCCUACACUGCCAAUCUGGCUGCGUUCUUGACUAUGGAGCGUAUGGACGCCUCCAUCGAGAGUGCUGAAGAUCUGGCCAAGCAGAGCAAGAUCAAGUACGGCGCUGUGCUCGGCGGAAGUACGCUCAGUUUCUUCCGUAGUUCCAACUUCUCCACGUAUCAGAGGAUGUGGGCCGCCAUGGAAUCAACUCGACCUUCAGUCUUCACGAAGAGCAACGACGAGGGGCGAGAUCGCGUCAUGAAGGGACGAGGGCUGUAUGCUUUCCUGAUGGAGUCCACCUCAUUGGAGUAUAUCACGGAGCGGUAUUGCGAACUCACCCAAAUCGGGGGACUGCUGGAUUCUAAGGGAUACGGAAUCGCCAUGCCCGUUAACUCUCCCUAUCGGACGGCCAUCUCCGGAGCAGUGCUCAAGAUGCAGGAGGAAGGUAAGCUGCACCAGUUGAAGACCCGAUGGUGGAAGGAGAUGUAUGGUGGAGGUCGCUGCGAUGAGCAAGCAACUACUGCGGCCGGGGAUAGUGCUGCCGAGCUUGGAAUAGACAACGUCGGUGGUGUCUUCGUGGUUCUGGCGUUUGGAUGCUUCUGCGCAUUCGUCAUAGGGAUAUUGGAGUUCCUGUGGAACGUACGGAAGGUGGCGGUUGAAGAGAAGGUUACUCCAUGGGAAGCGUUGAAGGCGGAGCUGAAGUUUGCGCUGAACCUCUCGAUAACGACCAAGCCGGUGCACAACAUGCUGAGCGAGUCUUCGUCGGCCAAGAGUUCGAUGCGGUCCAAGUCCGAAUCGAGGCGAGAGUCGGUAUCGGUCGGACGGAUGCACAACAUCAAAUCCGGAAACAGCAUGAUGAACGUGGACAAGAUUGGAUUUGUGUUCAAUAAUAAGUGAAGGAACCUCUGCGGGGCGAUUCAAAUGAGUGUGUAGAGUUCGGUGUUUGAAAGUAGUUGUAGAUGAAGUGUUGCGUUAUGAGUUGUAUUCACAUCAAAGUAUUGUAAGCACGAGAACUGAAAAUUGGUCAGAGAUCAAAUAAAUUAUUUAGUUAUUACAAUUGGCAAUGCAAUAUAUCGAAUAGAGUCAGUGAACUAGCAACA